UUGUACUCCUUAUUGUUUUUUCGAUUAUGAAAUCCACAUAUAUUGUGCCCCAAAGAGAAAGCUUUGUGCCUUUGUGGCAUCAAAUUUAAGACAGAGGAAAGAGACACCGCAGAGAAUGUCUCCACCCCCAAAAGCAGCUCAGCAGCAGAGCAAGUUAUCAAUGGAGUGGGCACUGGAGGUAAGAAAAGCAUCCCAGGACAUGGGCAAACUGCCCAGGAUUAGGCAUUCUCCACGCGAAACAGAGGAAAGAUCUCCUUAAAGCCAGGUGCUUACAGUUACAGACCCUCUAUGAGAGGUUGGUAAGAUGGUGCAGGUGCCUGUUGUUAUGGCCGGAGACAAAAGGAGGCAGAGCACCUCCUAUAGACAGGCCAGGAGCAAUUCCAAGGGCUGUGACCUCUGAGGUGGUCCUGCAGUGAGAUGCGAGGCUCCUGCAUGCACAGAUCAGACCUCUGGGGAGCUGCGGAACGAAGUUCCUAUCUGUUCCCUUCAGAAAGCCCCCUUCAAUGACCCGGACCUUCAGGAAGGGUUUCUGAUGGCCUGUGGGGACCUCUAGUGUGAGAUGUGGCUUGGCGCAGGUCUUCCUUCGGUGGCAUGCGGUUAGGGCUGAGGAAAGAAACUGGGGUCUAGGGCGAAAAGGCAGUGUGGAUUUUGCCAUGUUCCUCGCUGCGAAGCAGGCUCCAGGUGAGCUCAUGGUCGUCAGAGCUGACAACGCCCCCCAAGAGCCUAGGCAGAAGGUGGCUGCUCUGAACAGGAUUUAAUGACCUGGCAGGAGGAGGUACUUCAGCACGUGGUGGGGACUACACUUCCCGAGAGGCUCCGCUGUGGCCAUGCCCCGCUGCGGGGGGAAACCCAGGCGUUAUCUAGAGCUGGAGGGACCAGCUGCCAGCUCUCUCUGAGGACAAGCAGCCAUGGGACUGAGGUGUGGGAUGAGGAGCACCAAGUGCCAGCUGCUGGUGACCAGCCUCUGUGUCAUGCUGCUGGGGUUGUCCAUUGCCACGCUGAGCACCGUCACCCAUUACGGCCUCCAUUUCACCCUCAUCAGUGACAUCUCUCUGGAGGACAACUCCUAUAGAGUCAUCCACCACACAGCUUUCUACUUGGGGAUCUGCCUGAGCAUGACCCUGAUCCUCGCUGCCCUGCUGAGCUCUGCUGCCACGGUGAGGGAAUCGCAGUGCCUCACUGCCAUGGGGUUUUUCUGCUUUGCUCUGGCCUUCUGUGGAUUGCUCCCAGCUGCCUGCUGGAGAUACACACACAGCAGCGAGGUGGAGGACAGCAUGAUGGAUGUGUACGAUCGUGUGUACGAGGAGGUGAGGAGGAACCCCUCCAGCUUCAGGAGGCACGACCUGACUGCCAUCCAUGAAGCAUUCCUGUGCUGUGGGAAGCACUCUCCAUUUGGGGACACAGCCAUCAUUGAGCAGAAGACAUGUCCUCCUGGCCAGGUGUGGGAUGCAGGACAGGACUGCCUGCGAGAGAUCCAGCACUUCCUGAAGAAGCACUUGGACUUCAUCUCCACGCUCCUGGGUGUCACCAUUGCCUUCAUGAUUUAUGGGAUGAUCCUCACUUCGUUCCUCUGGUUCUCCAUCCACUUCAGCAGCAACCUGGAGCGGAAAGGCAAAUAUGUCCUCAGAGAGAGGUAGAAAUCUGCUGCCCGAGCAUCCCAACCAGGCAGAGCCAGCUCUUGGUGCAAGAGGACAUCUUGAAGUCCCCCAGGAAGGCAUUGCAUGGGGGCAGGCAGUGGGAUGUGUCUUCUUCUGCGCUGCAAACUGCUGUGCUGUUCCCAAGCUGGUCAGAGCAGCUGAUGCCCUGCAGAGGAACUGUCCCACACCUUCACAGAAGAGAGACAAGGACUGAGACGUGCCUGUGGGCUCAGAGGUGCAGAUCUCUUCACCAGGAGAUGAAUGGGCUGUAGUUCCACAAACAGGACACCAAACAGCUCCUCAGGACAAGCACGAGAGCCCAGCAAAAAUCACAGCACGAAACCAAACUUCUCUUGUGCUGUUUUUGAGCAGUUCUCUGUGUCCCCCAGAGGUGCAGUAUUUAAGGAAAGAGGGUUUUGGAUCACAGCCCAGGACCAAUCUUGUGCUCUUUUGGCAAAUACAUGGACACAAAGUGUGUCACUGCUGAUGGGAAAUGUGCCUUCCCAGCCUGGACACUUGUAAUAGUUGACUUUGGCCUCGUUUCUGACCAUGCUGAAGUAUGUUGGCAUCCAACAACUGUGGACUGGUUUUCCCCUGUCCUCAAAUAUUGCUGGAUUUACAGAGCUUUCAGUGGAGAUCAGGAAAAAAUGAGAAAGCAGUGCAUGGGCUUUGAAACAAAUGCUCAGCAUAAGGCCAUACCCCUCUGUUAUUCCUCCCUGCUAAUGCAGUACAUCAUUAUUUUUUAAUUCCUAGGAUUUAGUCAACCUCCCAGAGCUUGAAGCCACACUGAUUUCACAGGCUUGUUCAGCUUCCAGCUGCAACACCGUGUUUAUCUAGCUUCACUAACCCACUGUGCUGUUGUGCAACACAAAAGGACUUUGAUAUUGCACAUACAGGCAGGACUGAAGCUGAAAUCUAUAAGAGGACAGUACUGAUCUUCAGCCAGGUCAAAAAAAGACUAUGUCCAACUGCACGUCCUCUUUACACCACCCUGUCAACAACAAGCAAACGUCUAAAAAGCCUUGCCCCACUGAAGACCUCAGCUCUCAGUCUACCUGAAAACGGCUCCCUGGUGUGCUUUGCCCUCAUUGCAAGGAGGCAGAGCCACUGCUGAGCUGAAAGCCAGCACUGCAGUGGAUUUAGUACCUGCUGGAAAAGCUGCUGUAAACUAUGUGGUCGAGGAAAGUGUCUGCGGAACCAACAGCAGCUUUCAUUUGCCUCCUUCAUUGUAGCAUUUAGUCAUGAGGUUGUUUGGCCUGGAGAAAAGGAGGCUUGGGGGAGACCUCGCUCUCUACAACUCCCUGGAAAGGAGGUCACAGUGAGGUGGGUGUUGGUCUCUUCUCCUUAGCGACAAGAGGAAAUGGCCCCAGGUUGUGCCAGGGGAGGUUUAGCUUGGACAUUAGGGAACAUUUCUUCCCUGAAGGGUUGUCAAGCCAAGGUACAAGCUGGAGUUGCCAUCCCUGGAAGGAUUGAAAAGCCAUGUAGAAGUGGGAUGAGGGACAUAGUUUGCUGGUGACAUGGCAGUUCUAGGUCUGGAGUUGGACUUGGUGAUCUUAAAGUUCUUUUCCAACCAAAACAAUUCUGUCAUUUUCUGGAAACCACUAAGUAGCAACUAUUGAUGGAGAUAAAUGUGGAAGUCCCCAUACUGAUGUUCAGGACAUGUCCUGGCCCUCAGGCAGGGGUUGCUACAUGUAUGAGAACAGCAGUCCAGCCUGCAGCACCUGGUUGGCAUUUGAACAUGCCUGCAGCUAUCUUGCACUGGAAAGAAUUGUGUUGAGAGAGUGGGAAAGGGAAGGGCUCUCACUCCUCAUCCUCCUCCCUUGGAACCAGAAAAGCUUCACCAUUGGCUUCAUUGGAAGAAGGAUGAAGAUCAGACUGCUCCAGAGUGUUACCCAAGCUAUCUCCUGGCAGUCACCAACACACUUUGGUGUAGCAGGGAUUUAGUAAUGAUGUGCAUGACCCACUUCCAGCAGCUGGGAAAGAUUCACUUAGAUGUAUAUGUCUGCUUUUAGGUAUAUCACUCCCUGGAGAGAGACAAUCUCUCUUGUGAGCUCCAGCUGCUAUUGUCCAGGCCACUGCUAUUGUUAUCCCUCCGGCCAGCUGGCAGCUCGUGUGACUCAUGGUUGCUCUCAAUAAAGAUGAAUUUCUUGCA